AUGUAUCGGAAGUUGUCUAAGUUAGAACACUCGGAAAUAAAACAACUUCUUACAGAAGCUAACAUAGAAGUAGCAAAACAUUACGCAACAAACAAAAAAGCACUCGCUGACUUCAUUAAAGACUAUAAUGGUGCAAUAAGUUAUGAUAGAAUUCAUGAGUUCAUAAAGCCGCAACGCGGCGAGGACGAAGUCCAUGCAAGAGCAUUUCCUUUAAAUGACGUUGCUAUUGACUUAUAUCAUAGACGUUCAGUACCUCAUGAAGUAAGAAGAGAAAUGUUUGACAUAACAAAUGCAAACGUUGGUAAAACACGAAAGAGAGACGACACACUGAAACAACAGAGAAGAGAGAUGUUUAAAAGUGCUAUAGAACAAGUUCGCAAAGCUAACGAUGUCAUUCGUUCCAUUGACGACAAACCAAAAGAAGGUGAGAGAUGGUUAAAGAAAGAUGAAGAGAAUAGGAAGAGAAAUGUGAAGUCAGGCAAUAGACUCAAUGACUUUAACAUCGAAGCUUUAGAUGAACCAAACAGAGACUACUUACACAAACAUUUCGGUAAGGUUUUCAUGAGACUCUUAGAGAAGAUUAAAAUAAACUCCCAACAAAGAUGGAUGGUAUGUUAUAAACUUGGUGGAAAGUAUGAAUGUUCUACGUUAAACCUCAAUAAUAUUGGAACAUUACUACAUCAGCUCUUGAAGGAGAACUUUAUAUCAGAGAUAGAAGCAAAUGCUGCAGGUAUUGUUGAAAUGCACUAUGACUUCUUCUUGACAAACAUAAAGAAUCUUACCGAAAUAAAGAUGUAUGAUUUAACAGAAUAUGAAGGCUUAACGAUGUCAGAUGUAAAGAAAGGCAAACCAAAAAAGAGACCAUAUAGAGAUGAAAGCACACUGACAAAUGACCAGAAAGCCAUUUUGGAAGCUCUUAAGCAAACAGGAAACCCAGCACUUAUAGAAAGCUUUUGGAAAGAUAAUGGUGAAAAGAAGUUUUAUAAGAAGAGAAGCGGUCAGUUCUGGAAGUAUCUUUGCACAUUACCUAUAAAUCUUGAACGCUACCAAAUCUUCAAUGAACUGAACAAAAGAACGGCAGCACUUAUGACAGAAGACAAUUGUUUCGUUUAUGCUUGCAUUCAGGCUGGAGUAGAUGGAGAGACUAUUGACCACAUGAGAGAAGUCAUUCGUGUUAGAGACUUUCCUCAAAGUAAAGUACAAGAAAUUUCUGACGCAACAGGUAUAGCAUUUAAUGUUACCAUUGGUUAUUUCAAUGACUCAAGACAUAAUGAAAUAAAGAGAUACAUACCAAAAGAAUGUGAAACUGUUCGAACUAUUGACUUACUUCUUGUUGAAGACCACUACAUGCUAAAUGAAAGAUUACCAAUGACAACAUAUUU